GGUAACACCAUGUCACUGUCCUAUACUAGUUGAUCGCAAAGCCGGGGGGUUCUGGAACCGUGUAUAGGGGGAGACUACCAAUGAGGAUAUAGAGAAUUGCUGCUACUGCUGCUGCAUCAACGCUUUUCCCUGCGCAGCUUACAACAUGGCCGAUCUCAAAGAGUUUCUCUCGCUUCUCGAGAGCACGGUCAAAGCUCCUCGCUUGUCUGGAUCCAAAGUCUCGCUCCUCUCUACUCAGUCAAAGAAAUUGGAACCCAAAUCAGAUACAGAGUUCAUUUCGACCUUUCUACGACUCAACAAGUCUCUAGGGAAAAAAUCGACCUCUAGGAUAUCUUCACUCUAUGUGUUUGACGCCAUUGCUCGAGCGAACAAGGGUAUCAGUGGAAGGGAAGGGCUGAUGAUGAAGAUGGAAGGGGUAGUGGACAGUUGGGUCAAUGAGAUGUGUGAGGAUGGAAAGGGUGGCGUGUGGACCGAAGGCAGGGACAAGACCCGCAAGAUUGUCGAUAUUUGGACAAAAUCAUCCACUUUUCCUCAACCAUGCUUGGACCGGCUUUCUGCAAGGUUAGCAGUAGCCUCAGCUGACCAUUCAACUACACCUACAAUGUCGCCUCCAAGACCGAUCAUGUCUCCGGCAUUACCUCCAUUGGAAGAGAAGGAAAACAGAGGUUUGGGGGCGCAUGGAUUUGGACAAGGCCCUGUGCUUUGCCUGCCAUCUGUCCUUUCGUCGUGCCUCCGAGGUAUGCUUCAUCGAUCAUGUCGAGUCCUCAAGGUCAAUCCUAUCCUGUUUAUCGCAAUACGAGUCGAGAACACGUCUCUCGCCAUACUACUAACCGUGCAGACUCACAAGACGGAGGGGAGAAGAAAAAGAUUGUAAUAUGGAAAAAUCACCCCUUGACCCUCCAAUACCCCCUCCCCCCCCUCUCUUGCCAACCCCAUCGACACCAAUAUGGCAUGCAUCCCAUGCGGUCAGAAACGUACGAUAGUGGCUCUUUCGCGCUAGAGAGGGGUAAAGCAAUGCCAGACCUCCAUGGUGCACAAUCUCAGGACACAUAACGUCCGUCCGUCGUGUGACAAUCUAGAAAAAAGAGCGGGAUACCAGAGGGAGAU